GAGGAUGGGCUCCCCGUCAAACGGAAAAGUCCAAGACUUCUUGGGAGUCAUGCCCCCCAUGUUCCCCCACGUGUGCUCUCUUUGUGACUUUGACGUUCAUUCCACCAUGGUGAGUACGUCCAACCUGCUUCCUCUUUUCUUCUCGGACUAACUGUAAUUGUUUGAGCUCCAGUCUUCCUUCAGUCAGUGACAGGCGCUGAUUCAGGUCCGGUUUACUUCAUAUAAUUUCCUUGUUGUAUCUCCUCACAGCAUGUUGCCUGUCUCCAUUUUCUCAGCUGAAGCUCUCCAGCAUUGAACAGUUAGAUUUGGAUCUUUCCAGCGGUCAUCCAAUUAAACCAAAAAUCUCUUUUUAUAAUUAGUAUCUGUUCACAUGAGCUGGUAAAGCUGUUCAUGUUACACAUUCAGUCUGAUAUACUUGAUCUUUUCACUUCAUUAGCUUUAACAAAGUCCUGGGAGGAUCUUGAUUUGCUCCUUGUGUCUCCAACAUGAAACAUUUAAAGCUCCUCACACAUUCAUGGACUUAUCGAAUUGGCAGCUUUUAAACCUGUGAGACUUUUGGCAGCUGGGGUCUUGUUUGUUUUUCUUUAGUUUGUGGUGUCAGGGUUUCUUCUGGGGCAUUAAGUAUGAACUUUUAAAAAAAGGAAUUAAAAUGGUCUUAAAAUGUUCUAUUUCCCAAGCCUUUGCUAAAGAUUUGAGAAAUAUACACAUGGUAUUUUAUAACCUUCUUAAAAUCAGUGACUGUUACUGUUUUGUCUAGCCAGUUUAGAAUCCAAAAAGAUCCACAUUACCCUUUUCUUUUCUUGGAAAAAAGGCAUCAAAUGCUGUUUUUCAUUUCUUUUUUUAAGUCAUUUCUAAAAGAUCUUAAAAAGCACUCCUUUAAUUUUUAAAACGGUACAGGAACCAUUUUAUCAUACCCUUUAAGUAACAGGUGAUAAUUUUUUUUUUUUUACUUAGUUUAAAAAACAAAACAAAAACAAUUCCCUGGGUGCUUUUCUGAAUGAACCACUUAAGGUUAAUAACUGUUUGAACUGGACCUUUAAUAUAGAGGUUCCAUGUUAGGAAAUGAAAGUGUUUGAGCGUCACUCAUUCUCUAGAUGUGUUUGUAGGAGUGGAAUCAACACAUUAAUGGACUCCGCCAUGCUGAAAACAGACGGCAGCUUCUUGACAUGUAUCCUGAGUGGGAUCCCGGUAUGGGCUCAGGCAGAGGUGGAGGUCUCUCAGAGACCCCCAACCUGUCUGCAGGGCUGCUGGGUCCCGCCCCCAUGUCUUCAGGACCAAUGGGAGGGAUGUCCUCGAGCUGGGGUGGAGGUGGAGGUGGAGGUCCUGGACAGCUGGGUCUGAAUAAGCUGAGGAGCAGGGUGGUGGUGGUGAAAUACGACAGGAAGCCUCUCAGCAACAAGACCCUGUUCGCCUUCGCUGAGCGCUUCGGCUGCCUGAGGGAGCACCUCAUCCUCAAGAACAAGGCUUUUCUGGAGAUGAGCACUCAUGAAGAAGCUCUGGAUGUGGUGAACUACUACAAACAGCACCCGGCAUCUCUGUACGGCAAAUCCAUCUCCUUCUACCUGUCCCAGACCCUCAUGUUCAUCGAGAAAGACGAGCGAUCGAUGGACCGACCGAUGGAUCGACUGAUGGACAGACCUGUGAGGGAGGUCAAAGGUCAAGCCAGCAAGGUAGUUUUUUUCUCCAACCUGCCCCGCGAGGAUGAGAAGAAGAAGGAGCUGCUGACCAUUGCUGAGCGCUUUGGUGUUGUGGAGAAACACCUCUUCUUAACAGACCAGGCAUUUAUCCAGCUGGGAACUGCAGAGGAUGCAGAGAUGCUGGUGAAGUAUUACACUGUGAACCCCCUCACCAUCCGAGGAAGACGGAUCCGCCUCAAUGUCUGCACUAAGUACAAAACCCUCAAUGUGAACGCAAGGAAGGGCGGAGGAGACGCUUCGAACAGGAAGAGUGGCAAAGCCAACUCCACCUCCUCCGGCACUGGAACCAGGACCUCCUCCAAAACCACCUUAUCCAAAUCAUCCACCUCCAGGUCCAAAGAAGACAAGAAGAGGGAGGAGAAGGAGGAGGAGAAGAAGGAGGAGGAAGAGAAAGAGGAGAAGAAAGUGAAGGCAGAGCCAGAGGAGGAGGAAGAAGAGGAGGAGAAGGAAGUCUCAGGUGUGAUGGAAGGAGGGGAGGAUGGGGAGGGGGAGGAGCAGGCAGCAACUGAUGGAGAGGGGGAGGAGUCAGAGGGAGCAGAGUCUGUGCAUUUGACGGUAGAGGAGUCUGAGGAUGCUCGACAGGAGGAGGAGGAGGAGGAGAAGAAAGAGGAGGAGAAGGUUACUGAUGAUGUCACUGAUGACACACCUGGAGACACGGGUGAGGUCAAGCAGGAGGCGGAGUCAGAGCCACAAACGGAAGCGGCAGAAACAGAAACUUCGGCCGAGGAGCACGAGAGCAAAGAGGAGGCGAACAUGGAGGCGGCAGAGAGCUCGGAGGCUCCGGAGGCAGCGGAGGGAGAUCUACCCGAAGAAGAGCAGGACUUCCCAGAGAACAUGGAGGACUUUGUGACGCUGGACGAGCUGGAGGAAGACAACGAUGAAGCCCAUGGAGAGUCGGACAAUAUCGACAACACGAGGCGAGGGGGUAUGAGGGUGGUGAACAUCGUCGGCUUCAGGCGAGGGUACCAGUACCUCAACGAGCUGCUGAAACUCGCCCAGCCUUUCGGGAAGGUGGUCAAGCACCUGGUGCUGGACCUGAGACCCGAGGCGUUCCUUCAGUUCGCCACAGAAGAAGAAGCACGGGCGAUGGCCAACUUCUACAACGGGAACAUCACGGCGUCGGUGUGCGGGCGGCCGGUGAGGAUCAGUCACUCCAUGAGCUACCCCACCAUCCAGUCCGGUUCCAGCAAGGUGGUGUACAUCGGUCAGCUCCCCAACAGCAAAUACACAGACGAGGAAAUCCUGAAGUUUGCUGAGCCAUUUGGCAAGGUCAAAAAGUACUUCCUGAACAGGAUCCGGAGAGAGUGUUUCCUCGAGAUGUACAAUGCCGAGGAUGCCGAGAAGAUGGCUGCCGAUUAUAAAGCGAAGUCUCCAAAGUUAAACGGGAAGCGCCUGACCAUCUACGUGAGCAGGAAGUACAAGCAACUGAAACACGGCCAUCGAACGCCGAACACCGUGAAGAGAGCGAGUGACGACUCGCCACAAAAGUUCUCGAAAGAUGCCGAGGAACCACCGGCCAAGAAACCUAAAGAGGAGGCCCAACCAGAGGUGGAGGAGGAGAAAAAGGAGGAUGUGGAGAAUCAGAAGGAGGAGAAGCAGCAGGAGGAGGAAAUGGAGACCCCUGAUGUGAACGAAGAGACAGCGGUGGAAGAAAAGUUGGCCGCGGAGAAAGUUCCUGAAGUUUCUGCUGAGAGGAGCAGUGAGGACGAGAAACAGGAGGAGCUGGUGGAGCAGAUGGAGACAUCGACCAAUCAGAUUGGGGAGACCGAGGCUCUUCCUCCUGCUGAGAACAAACCCAGCGUGGCGUCUAUGCCGCUGCCACCGUACGACCCCAACACGCCCAUUGGUGUCGAACAUGUGAAAGCAGGUUUUUACUGCCGCAUCUGUUUCCUGUUUUACUCCAACGAAGACACAGCGAAGAAGACGCACUGCAGCAGCCAGGCGCACUACGACAAGCUCCAGAAAUACCUGGAGAAGGAGCAAAGCAAAGCGGAGAAGAAGGUGAAGACGACAACGCCGUGAGAACAUCCGAAACUGAGGAAGAAGUGUGGAUGGACUUUUUU